CAGCAAUGCAGAAAUAGAUGGCAGUCUCGUGUCAGUGAGUUUGCAUUCCCGCCCCCCCCCCCCUUCUGUGGUCCAAGCGCUGGAGUCAGCAACAGAGCCCUUGAAGGCAAUUGCUUUUUUACUACAAGUGGAGAAGUUCCCCCCUCUUGGUUGCCUGGCUGACGGCUCGCCUUGUACAUGUUUGGGUGCAUUUCUCCUUUCUUAUUGGGUUGUUGAUGGGGCUUUUUCUGUUUUCUUUUUCCUUCCUUUCUCCACUCUUGUUCCUGCCUUGAUUUUUCACCUUAUCUUUGAAAGUGUGACUACAAACAUUCUCUUGUCUCUCUCUCUCAAACAAAAGCAAAACGAGAGAAAAAGGACGUCUGGAUUGAUUACGCCUAAGAGUCUUUCUCCCCUCCUUUUUAAUGAACAGAACUAAAACCCCGUCACGAAAUUUCAAACACAAAUCUAAAAGGAAAAGGUUGUGGUUUAUUUUUUUGCUCAGCAACAGCAACAGCAGCAGCAGCAGCAGCAGCAGCAACAUGGAUGUGUUGGCUAGUUAUAGUAUAUUCCAGGAACUGCAGCUUGUCCACGACACCGGGUACUUCUCAGCUUUGCCAUCCUUGGAGGAGAACUGGCAGCAGACAUGCCUUGAGCUGGAACGCUACCUUCAGACAGAACCCAGGAAGAACUCAGAAAGCUUUGUGGAGGACCUGGACUGUUUUCUUCAUGCUUCUUCUGCUCAAGGCACAGAAGACAGCAUUCAGCCAUUGGACCCACUCUUAUUACCUGUAGAUAUGAAUACCUGUGACAAAAAUUCCAAUAUGGACAUUAUUCUCUCAAGGGACAAAUUAUUGUCUGAGACUUGUCUCAGCCUGCAACCUACCAGCUCCUCUACAGAGGGCUAUCCUGCUGUUAACCAGGCCCAACUCAACGCAGUGACCUCACUAACACCUCCUUCCUCUCCUGAACUCAGUCGUCAUCUUGGAAAAACUUCACAAACCAUAUCUGCAGUUGAUGGCACAGUUACACUGAAAUUAGUGACAAAGAAAUCCACCCUCAGUUCAGUAAAGGUUGGUGUUAUAGCACCAGCUAACACAACAAAGUGCGCGCUCAGUGACAGUGAACAAGGAGGGCCAGGGGCUGAUACAUCUUCGGAAAACAAGAAGAGGGUUCAUCGUUGUCAGUUUAAUGGGUGCCGUAAAGUAUAUACAAAGAGCUCACACUUAAAAGCGCACCAGAGGACUCACACAGGUGAGAAGCCUUACAAGUGUUCCUGGGAAGGGUGUGAGUGGCGUUUUGCACGAAGUGAUGAACUCACACGGCAUUACAGGAAGCACACGGGAGCAAAGCCCUUUAAGUGCAGCCAUUGUGACAGGUGUUUUUCAAGGUCUGAUCACCUUGCCCUCCAUAUGAAGAGGCACAUCUAAAUGAUAGGGAACAUACAAUGUGACCCGGAUGCAGUUAGACCGUAGCGUCAUGGGGAGAAGGGUGGAACCCAAUUGCCUGUCUCUUGUCACCUUCCAGAAGAAGAGAAUAUGAUCACAUGUAAACUUCUAAACAUACAAUAUGCACUAAAUGCUGUCAUGCUUUCAGCAGUACAUUCUUCUGUUUCCAAUGCUUUGCCUACCUGAAAGGCAGAAGACAUGUGAUUAGAAAAAGGGAUGCAGGGGAAGUCUUUAAGACACAGUUGCUUAUUGCACUUGAGAACUUGAAAAACUUUGCUCCUGUUUAUUGCCAAUGGAAAUCAAAACAGAUGGAAGAGGAUUCCUUGCAGGUGAACAGCAUAGAAGCAGCAUAUAUGUAACUCGCUUCUUGGUGCAACUUAACUGGGGAGGGGGAAACUAAUUUUGGACUUGCAUAUUUGUAGCACUAACUUUUAUUUUGAGAUAAUUUUGGAAGGAAAACUAAUGACCUAGAAAAACCAAAUUCCAGUUUGGUAGCCAAAACGUUACUGUGUUGGUUCCUUUCUGCCGAUUUUGUUUUAAGGUACCCUUACAUACAAUGAUUCAUCAAGAUUCCUCAAAAACUUCUUGAUCUGUUCCGUUUUCUUUUUUCAAAGAAAUGAGCUGUCAAGAUCUGUUUAAGUCAAUACCAAUGGCCUUAAUUGGCAGUACACUCUGCAGCGAUCCUAGGAUACACCUACCACUUUUCUUGCUUCAGCUAUUAUGGACUU